AUGCGUUACUCUACUGCUGCCGCCGCUCUCCUGGCCUCUGGUGCCAUGGCCACCGAGAUCUCCAAGGUCUACGAGACCAAGCGAGUUACCAUCACCUCUUGCGGUCCUGAGGUCACCAACUGCCCUGCUCGAUCUACUGUCACCAGCAACACCGUUUACCCUGUCCCUCCCCAGGUCACCUCUGCUGAGCAGGGCAGCGAGACCACCGAGGAGGUCCCUGAAGUUCCUGAGACCACUGAGGCUCCCUUGACCACCUCUACCAUCUACUCUACCAACAUCAGGACUAUCACCUCUUGCGCCCCCGAGGUUCCUGACUGCCCUGCCCGAUCUGGUACUCCCGUCGUUGUCACCGAGACCAUUGCUGUCUCCACCACCAUCUGCCCCGUUGAGCCUACUGGUGGCAGCGAGAAGCCUGGAAAGCCUGAGCAGCCUGAGCAGCCUGGCAAGCCUGAAAAGCCCAGCUCGCCCGGUUACGAGCAGCCUUCCGGCCCCGCUCCUCCCGCUGAGACCAAGCCCGUCGAGACCAAGCCCGGCUACGAGCAGCCUUCCGCUCCUGCCCCUCCUGCCGAGACUAAGCCUGCUCAGCCUAGCAAGCCCGUUGUCCCUGGACAGCCUCAGCACCCCGGUAACGGCACCGUCCCCGUCUACCCCAACCCUCCCGCUACUCAGAGUGGUGAGAAGCCCGUUGUUCCUCCCACUCCUGUUCCCGUCCCCAGCAACCCCGGCAACCCUGAGCAGUGCGUUCCCUCUCAGUCUGUGACUGCCAUCACCAAGGAGUACACCACCGUCCUCACCAGCGUUGAGUACUCUACCAUCCAGGUUCCUUGCGCUACUGGCACCACUCCCGGCAACCCUAGCAACCCCGGCCAGCCUGAGUCUCCUACCGGACCUGCUGUUCCUCCUCCUGCCACCACCCCCAUUGGCGGAGGUAACCAGACCGUUCCUACUCCUCCUGCCGUCACUGCUGGCGCUGCUACCUUCGCCGGCUCUGCUUUCUUCGCUGCCGUUGCUGGUCUCGCCGCUUUCACCCUGGUCUAA